AGUUUGAUGGACCCGCCAAUAGUCUCAAUACUGAGGUUCUUCUGGGUGUCGGGUUUCUCACUCUCUCCCUUUCUCUGCUGUCCUCACUAUGCUCCUUCUUCUUCCUUUGAGUUUCAGAACUCGCUGCGAUAACAGAGACCUGUAGAAGGAGGAAGAUGGGAUUUGCGAUGAGUACAGCUGCAGCGCCAUCACCACCGGUGCAAUUGUGCAUGCAAGAUAAAUAUGUGGUAAUGGAUAAUGGGAUACUGCAGGUAACGAUAUCGAAUCCGGAAGGAAACGUGACUGGUAUACAAUAUAAUGACAUUGAUAAUUUGCUUGAAGUUGAGAAUGAAGAACCAAAUAGAGGGUAUUGGGACCUUGUCUGGAAUGCUGAGGGAACAAAAGGAACAAAAGGGAAAUUUGAUAGGCUAGAAGGGACAAAGUUUCAGAUAAUUGUGGAAAAUGAGGAUCAGGUGGAGAUAUCAUUCACUAGAAUGUGGGAUCCUUCCCUCGAAGGAAAUGUUGUCCCUUUGAACAUUGAGAAAAGGUUUGUAAUGCUGCGAGGUUCCUCAGGGUUCUAUACAUAUGGCAUUUAUGAGCACCUGAAGGAAUGGCCUGGUUUCAACCUUGACAGGAACAGGAUUGCUUUCAAGCUUAGAAAAGACAAGUUUCAUUACAUGGCCAUAGCAGACAACAGGCAAAGAAAGAUGCCUCUACCAGAGGACCGGUUACCUUACAGAAGCCAACGUCUGGCCUAUCCAGAGGCAGUCAUACUCAUUGAUCCAUUGGAAAAAGAGUUUACAGGAGAGGUUGAUGACAAGUACCAAUACUCUUGUGAAAACAAAGAUAACAUGGUCCAUGGAUGGAUUUGCACUGAGCCUCCUGUUGGGUUCUGGCAAAUUACACCUAGCAAUGAGUUCAGAACUGCUGGCCCUGUCAAACAAAACCUCACAUCCCAUGUUGGUCCGACCACCCUUGCAGUAUUGCACAGUGUUCAUUAUACUGGAGAAGAGCUAGUACUAAGAUUUGGAUCUAAUGAGGCAUGGAAGAAAGUUUUUGGCCCCAUUUUUGUUUACCUCAAUUCUUUGACAAAUGGAGGUGAUCCACCUGAAAUACUCUGGGAUGAUGCUAAGAAACAGAUGAUGAAUGAGGUGCAAUGCUGGCCCUACAGUUUUCCGGCUUCAGAAGACUUUCCGCAUUCUGAUGAACGGGGUACCGUCAGUGGCAGAUUAUUAGUGAGAGAUUGUUUUGUUUCUGGUGAGGAGAUUCCAGCAGAUGGUGCAUAUGUAGGCUUGGCACCCCCUGGAGAUGUUGGAUCUUGGCAAAGAGAAGUCAAGGGUUACCAAUUCUGGACCAUAGCUGAUGCAGAUGGCUGUUUCAGCAUUAAUAAUGUUAGGAUAGGCGACUAUAAUCUCUAUGCAUGGGCCCCUGGUUUCAUUGGAGAUUAUAGAUAUGACUGUGUCAUAACCACAACCCCAGCCUAUGAAAUUGUCUUGGGUGAUCUUGUUUAUGAGCCUCCGAGAGAUGGCCCUACAUUGUGGGAAAUAGGAAUCCCAGACCGCUCAGCCAGAGAAUUCUAUGUUCCUGAUCCUGACCCUAAGUACAUCAACAAACUAUAUGUUAACCAUCCUGACAGAUUUAGACAAUAUGGACUAUGGGAAAGAUAUGCAGAGUUAUAUCCUGAUGAAGAUUUGGUCUACACAGUUGGCACUAGUGACUAUAGAAAAGAUUGGUUUUUUGCCCAGGUUACAAGAAAGAAAGCUGACAACACAUAUGAAGGAACAACAUGGCAAAUAAAGUUCAGACUAGAAUGUGUAAAUCCUAGCGGGACAUACAAGUUGCGAUUAGCAUUGGCUACUGCACAUGUUGCUGAACUUCAGGUGCGGGUGAAUGAUCCUUCCAUGAAUCCUCCUCUAUUCACCAGUGGACGAAUUGGUAAGGAUAACACGAUUGCUAGACAUGGAAUCCACGGGCUUUAUUGGCUAUUCAGUGUGGAUGUUCCAGGCAAUCUGCUCCUGGAAGGAGAUAAUAACACCAUUUUUCUUACACAAGCAAGAAGUGAAAGCCCUUUCCAAGGGAUAAUGUAUGACUACAUUCGUUUAGAAGGCCCUCCAACUUAAUUCCAUCUGGAGACCCUUUAUCUCAUUCCAUUGAAAAUUCAAUUGUUAUAGUAACAUUGCUAUUAUUUCCUAGUGUUUUAAUUAAUCUAUUGUAAGUUCACAUUCAUGAUUUGUUUGAACGAGAAUUUGUUCAAGUUAUAAAUUUAAAAAUCGGAG